AUGGGAGCAGAAAACUCAGUGAUGAGACCGCCUACGAAACGAGAACCUGAAAGAAGAUCAAUAAUGCAUAGAAGUGGUCCCCCAUCUCAAUAUUAUGAUGCUAAGAAUACGAAAUAUGUUGAAAGUGAAUCAAGUACGGUGUCAACAGAAUCUACUACAACUUCUGAAGAUACAGAUGAGAAAAAAGAAAUGAAACCAUUCGAAAGAACUGAAAAUGAGGCAAAACAAGCAACCACACCGAAUCCCUUGAAAGCUCUUGAAGGACUUUCACAAGCGGAUAAAACGAAAAAAUCGGAAGAGAUGCUGCGUCAAUUAUGGAAACGUCCUCACUCAUCGUGGGAUAAAAUCACUACUGUAACAAAUACGGUCACUGAAAGAACGAAUACAGAUGGACAAGUGACUGAGGAAGUGAGCCGAGAACUGGAUUACAACAUAGAUAAAAUCAUAUACGAUAUUCCAUUAGAAUACUGUCUCAUUCGAGUUCCUCGAGUUCGCACCGCUCGAUCAUGUCCAGAUCCAUGGAGGAGACACGGGGCACAUGUGAAAUUGUGUGAAGUUGGUGGAUGGAUGCCCGAAACUCGGAACAAAAAUGCUAAAGUUACUCCAGUUCGGAAAGGAUCGAUUCCACCUCCUCCGCCGAGAACGAAGCCACUACGGACCCACUGGUUGGAAGAGGAGUCGACGAAGUCAAUGGAGCUGCGCGUGGAUUACUCAUCUCCAUACCCAUUGGUCUGUGUUGAUGAGUUUGCUGCUGGAGGGUUGGCUGCAUUUGAGGCAUAA